ACACUUAAAAUGUAUUGUCUGAAUUUGAUUUAUUCAUAGGUCCCAAUUGUCCAAAUAUUCCUGGUUAUAUUAUAACAAAAUUGUGACAAUAGUUUAACAUCUUCUCAAAUAGUCAGUUUUAAGAAUAAGACGAGUUAUUACAAAUACAUGGAAUCGGGUCUUGAAAAUGUCGAAUUGGACGUUAUUAUCGUUGGUGGAGGAAUGGCGGGCAUCGCCGCCGCUCAGCAACUACUACAGAGUGGUGUAAACAACAUACUAGUGUUAGAAGCACAAGAUUACCUCGGAGGAAGGAUAAAGACUAUCGAUACGGAAUAUGGUUACAUUGAUCUUGGAGCAGAGUGGAUCCAUGGACAGAAAGGAAAUCCUUUGUACGACAUUGCUGUAGAAAAUCGACUCGUCCAUAACCGAAAUCAAAGCUCCUACAUAAGUCCUUCAUCUGCCAGUAUUUACGAUGUACAUGAAUUCCGGACAGAGAACGGAAGCUUGAUUAAUAGAAAUAUUGUUUGUCAAGUGUCAAAGGCCAUGGAGGAUUUGUAUUGUGAAUCUAUCGAUAGUGCUCCGAAAGAGUGUCAAAAGAACACUGAUAUUAUAUCGGAAAUUGAACCGUCUAAGUUUGACAAGGCAAUAUCUAGAAAUUUUAUGACAAAAUCCUUCGCUACUCAUUAUUCUGAAGGCUUCGAUGAAUAUUUAGAAAGUUGUGAGAAUACAGACUAUGAUAUACAGAAAGCUUUAUAUGAAUGGCGCUUGAAAUGGGAGCUUGGGGACAAUUGUUGUUCGUCUUUGGACGACGUUGCCUUUCCUGGACGUUAUAUGAUGUGUGAGGGUCAUGGCAUUACUGAUCUCAAAUUUGGCUUUGGGUCCGUUUUUAAUGUAUUAAAGAAGGAUCUUCCAGAACAAAAAGUCGCUCUACGCAAACCCGUUAAACUGAUAAAAUGGAAGAAAAAAAAUAUUUGUUCUAUUGAAUGUUUUGACGGUUCGGUGUAUAAAUCAAAGCAUGUGAUCGUGACGGUUCCAAUUGGUUAUUUAAAAGAUCACAUGACAUCAAUGUUCUAUCCAUCAUUACCCGACAAAAAGGUUCAGGCAAUACAAAACGUUGGUUUUUCCACUCUUGUUAAAGUGUUUUUGGCAUGGAAUAAACCAUUCUGGUGCGAGUCAUAUAGUGGUGUGCAAUUUGUUUGGACUUCAGAUGCAAUGCAAGAACAACUUAAAACAGAAAUUAGUAAACAGGGAACGACGGAAAUGUUAAAGGUAGAUGGAAACCCAUGGUAUCUUGAUAUUACCGGGUUUGAACGUUGUACCGGACGACCUAACGUACUUUGUGGUUGGUUGGUAGGAGAAGGUGCCGAAUUGUCAACUACAUUGAGUGACAUAGACGUUUCGAAAGUAUGCACGAGACUACUGCAGUGUUUCUGUGGUGACGAAGAUAUACCGGAACCAGAUAAUAUAUACAUAUCCAAAUGGCAGAGUAACCAGUUUAUAGGCGGAGGUUAUAGUUACGUAUCCACACGAACACAAGAUGGAGAUUAUGAAGCACUUUGUGAAUCCUUACCUUCCAAUCAGAAUCCAAGGUUACUGUUUGCAGGAGAGGCGACAAGUUAUAAUUUCUAUUCUACAGCCCACGGUGCCUAUGAAACAGGAAUAAGAGCUGCAAAAACUAUCAUAACUUUGAAACAAGAGUCGAAAGAACCAACAAUAAACCUGUAAAAUAAUGUCUCAAUAGCCAAUACUGUUCAAUUGUUUGAUGACGAUAUCUUUUUUACAACUCAAUACAAAAGCCAUAAAAUAAUAGGAACAUUUAUGCUUUUCAAUCUUCAUAAUGUAUGAUUCAUGUUUCUUACUCAUUAAUCAUUAAAAUAGCUACGUUUUUCCUUUGAUAUUCGGUAUCAUUAUUUUGGCAUUUAAUUUUAACCACAAUUUGGAAUAUUUUAUUGAUAUUUGGGACUAUUAUUUCUUCAAAUACAUCAUUUCAUUGAGAAUAAUAGUUAAAUGGUCUGUCCUGUCACUGAAAAUUUGAUCCACACCUUGUUGUUAAGUUUGUUAUUACUAUAGUUUUACAAUAACCAUGAGAGUUGAAAGAAAAAAAGUAUUUAUAUGAAUGAGUUAUAUUCAAUAAAAUGAUUUUACUGUUA